UGUGGCGUGACGAAAAGAAACAUCCCAUCAGGCAUUGCAGCCAAACUCCUUAACAGUUUCCAAACAAAAACAUCGCGAAGAAGGGAACAUGAGGGCUGAGGAGAUAAUUGUUUCAUUUUCUCUCCUUGAGAAUACAAUGUAAAUGCUCUCUCUUGCUGCUGCAAAGGCAGCUUAGGUUCUCUGGGAAUUUUUGACGCGAUUAAAUAUUAUGGGAGCGAAGCAAUCAAGCCACAAUGGGCGAACAAAUGCACGCAACGUCGGCAACGGAGCUGCCGUUGCGACGGCCGGCUUACCGGAAACUUCAAGGGUUGUUGCGCUGGAUCCGAGAAUACGAACUCGUUCAUUAAACAAUGUUGGACAUUCGUUAUCGAUUCCUGACCACUCGGCUUCCUUUCAGGAGUCUGAUUUGUCUUCUUCUCCAGAGGAUAACUCUCCGUCGCCGCGAGGACUUGCCUUGCAGGGAGCGCACUCUCUCCCUUCGCAUUUGUUCGCUUACACUACGUUUCUAAAUGGGGUGAAAUGUCCCGUCUGCUCGAAAGUAAUUUUGGCUGAAGAUAUUGAGCUUCAUCUGGUAAUUUGCCUCACCAAGCCUCGAAUUACGUACAACGAGGAUGUGCUCAAACAAGAUAAUGGAGAAUGUGUUAUAUGUCUGGAAGACUUGAGUAUAGGUGAUACUAUAGCAAGGCUGCCUUGUUUGUGUAUAUAUCAUAAGAGUUGUAUUGACAAUUGGUUCCAGGUGAACAGAUCUUGUCCUGAACAUCCAACAAAUUAGAAAAGCUAUGCACAUUCCUCAAGAGUUUGCAGAAUCUAACAAGUUAACAGUAGCCUAGGUGUUGUGGUGACUUCAAGCAGCAUUGAAAUUUACACCAUUUAGGGGGAGAAGUUGAUUUGCUGUUUAUUGAAAGUAGUACCCUUCUCAUAUAUGAUUUUUUAUAACUGAAACCUGUGCUGAAGGCAGGUUGGUUCAACCUCAAUCCCACUUCAGCACAAGGUUGUGGAACACUUUCAGUUAAUGGGGAGCACUAAAAUUUGGUUUCAGAAAUUAAGUGGUAUGCAACUGUGUGCUGCAAGAGGCCUUGUGUAGGGAAGGAUGGAAAGCAAAUAAUAUAUUUUCUGGAUUACAACUGUUCAAAACAGUUAUUUCAGAAUACUUGCAACCUGUAGGAAAUAGAAAUGACUAUUUCCCUGUUUUAUAAAUUCAUGUUGUCUAGUGGAUAAAAGGUCAUUAAUUAUUUGUGUAACUUGAAAUUGGCUCUUUUCAAAAUUAGUUGGGUCGAGUCAUAACACACAUGGAUGGCACACAGAGAAAGUUGUUGUUUUGCUGUGUUGCAUUUUGCAACGAGAACGGUGUCAUUGCUUUUUGGCUGUAGAGCAGCUUAAUAUUAUUUUAACAUGUAGAUGUACAUUGUAUAUGUAGAUAUAUUUUAGUAACAAUAGUACUAUUCUUAUAGAUUUAAAGUUGAUAUGUGAUGCAAUUCCAUGAUCAGUACUACCAUUCAUUUUACUGUUCUCUGAAGAAAAGCUGGAUGAAAGUUUUACUAAAAUCAUUUUUUACUUCAAACUUCGUAAUGAAGCAUUGAGUUAAGUUAGGUGUGAAUGCCAUUGCUAGAACAUAUAAAUCACCAGUUUGCAAGAUUUUAGGGUAUAUUUUUCUUGCUACAAGUAUGUCUGAGCAUUUGUUGCUUCUCAGGCACAGUCAUAAAUGCCAUUUGUUUUGUCUGUGAUGUACAAUUUCUAUUUUAUUUCAUGUUAUGCCUCAUCAAUCCAUGAUUCUUUAAACAAUUCUAGGAGAAAUGUAAUGGGUAAGAAUUCAAACAAUGUUGAGUGGAGGUAAAAUGUUGAAAUUUUUUUCUGUUGAUUUAUUAAUUACAGUACUUUAUUUUUAUAUUUAAAACAUUGUUUUUAAAAAAACACCAAAGGAUUAAGGUACUUAACAUGUUACCUGAUCUAGUGGCUUUGAAGGAAAAACAAAAGGUAACUGUGUGAUGCUUUGAACUUGAAUGGCAUAAUUAGCCAGCUUGCUCAGGGUGAAACACUAAGAUAAGGGGUUAGUUUUUAAGGGGCAACUGGGCAGAAAUAUUACUCAAAGCCCAAAAUUGCAGCAAAUAAUGAAACCAAAGGUAUGUAGUGCAAAAACUACAACACCAGUGUCGUAGUUCACUAAAGCCAAAGAACUCUUUGUCCCAUAUUGUGGUUCUCAGAAAUUCUAAAGUCACUUUCUGCACUUCCACCAUUAGAAAGUUAAUUUGGGGUUCUGUCCUCGUGUACCGGUUCACAAGAGCCAAUACAAAAGACCAAACAAUACACAAUAGCUAACCGAUAACUCCUAAACAAAGAAAGAACAAUGGUAAUUCCCUUGUGAACCGGUACACCAGGACAGAACCAAGAAUCUGGUACCAUUAUUCCUGUCAAUCCAGCCCCUGUAAACUCGGCAAGCAUUUGACAAGUCGUGUUAGCUCUUUAUUCAGUUUUUAUUCCCUAAUGUUUCACUAGUUGUGCGACCUACUAGGUCAAGUAAACCCAUUGGAUGCAAUAAUUUGACCAUUGAAAUGUCAAGAUUUUGCAGUAUCAUUUGAAAGCGCGGCACCUCUCCAAGGAUCCCUCUCGGUGGAUAUGCUAUGGUUGAAAUAUGUGCCUGAGUAAUAUUCUCUCUGUUUAAUUGCACAACUGUCUGGUAUUCCUUUGAAUUCAUUUAGAAAGCUUCCAAGGCACCUCAAGGGGAAAUGAAGUAGAUUCCCUUGAGAGAAUUAACUGCAGUGUAAUUAGGGAAGCUGUCGUUAUUAUGCCCAACAAGAAAAGCCUGGAUUAGUUAGAGCUAAGGCUGUCUGUCAGCCAGAAAGUGGCAUAACACAUUCAGUGCAGUCGAUGGUGUAAACUACUGCAGCUACCUUUCCCAUCAAACUCAAACAUUUCCCUUUCAUUUCCACAGAAUUUAUUGAAACAUCAAAGUAUCUUAAUCUCGUUGUGUACAGCAGAAAGGCAUUUUAUUUUAGACGAUAUUUACUUGUAUCUAGUAAGGCCUCAGAUUUGUUGAGUGUUAUCAACUAGGUUGUGUACAUUAACCAAUGUACUUCGUGUAGAUAUAAUGCAUUUAGGAACAUGUUUAAGAGUUUCUUUUAAAACAAUGGUUAAAUUAUUGUGCAACCUAUUUAAAUUUUAAAAAGUCAUUAAAAAACAGCUAUUGCUUUCGCCUGCAUUUUA